AAAAUCAAAAGAAAAAAUAGACCGGGAGGAGGGAGGAGGGAGGAGGGAGGAGAGAGGAGAGAGAGAGGGGGGAGGGUUUGGGGCAGAAGAAAUCAGAGAUGUUGGGGAGAAUUAGAAGAGCUUCAAUUAGCUCUCUGGAACUAUUAGAGAUGGAGGAAAGGCCAUCUCCCAAAUUGAUCAAAGACGACCCUCUCUCCAUCUAUGAGAGCACUCUUAUGAAGCUCAGAGAAGGCUCUCUACGUUGUCAAAGCCUGCCCCCAGCCGAACCCUCUUGCCUGGAUGUCAGUUGCAGCACAGCAAGUGAUCCUCCUGCAACAAUUGGUGAUGAUUGUUCUUCCACUGAUUUAUCUCCUCUGUCCAAUGCAGAUCAACAUAUACCUAGGGGCUCAACGACACGAAGGGCCAAAAAUUUGUCCGUUCUUUUCCUGUUUUCUAAAUAUAAGAGUCCUAAAAAUGCUCCUAACUCAUCGGAAGAGGAUGCCAUGACAUUAGAGAACGUAUGCUCUUCUGCUUGUGCUUCUUCCACUGACAGCAUUUCUCAGUUCACGAGCAGCCACAGACAGCACUUGCCAGAGGAAUGCUUUCAUUCUGGGAUGAUUCAAUAGCAAGAAAGAAUAAAACAUAACUGCAACCUAAUUUUACAAUGUUGUAUUACUUUCAUUGGCAGGUGAUAAAUAAUGUAGUUCCUAUUUUUUAAACAAAUGACUUUAAGUUGUUGCAUCAAGGAUUUCAGCAAGACUUCUGGAGAAUGAUGCUCUCAAGAGUUUGAACCAUAAGAUUCGCCAUUUGGCUUUUGGCCAGCUGCACUUAUCCUGAGAAAGAGCUGUAAAAUGCUUAAACAGGCUAAAGAGGAUAUCUGAGAUGCGAGCAGCCCUUUGUAACUGCUGAAAUGAAGAUUAUUCUUGUUGUAUGUCAUAUUACCUGUCGUAUGUAUUUCACCUAAUGGAUAUCCAGGCAGAAUACCGUGAUUAUUUGAUUUAUUUCUCUUUUCUCUUUGGUGUGACAACUUCAUUUCUUGUACUUGACCGUGUCUUAAAUCUAUAAACUAAUAAUAGCAUUUACUCCCUAGAUUUAGACAUGUAAUUCGCGAUGAACUAUUUGUACCAAUUAUAGCUUAUAGCUUUUUAAUUUGGCUUAAUAAAUUACUGAAUG